UUUUAUAUUUUUAUAUAUAUAUUUUAUGAGGAACUGUUUGUUUGUUUAUUUCAGAAAAAUUAUACAGGUUACGCGAUUCGAUCCGAGUCCAAGCCGAUUCUUUUACCUCUGCGACUCCUUUUUUCUGUUGCUUGCGUCUGCAGCUUUAUCUUUUUCAGAUAAAGAGGGUGAUUUUAAGUUUCAGUGCAAAAGAUCUUGGAAUGUUUGGAUGACCUGUUGAGUACUUUUUACUUGAACCUGAUUAAGUACAAUAAUUUAUCCACAGGGGUAUGACCACCAGUGCUAAGGAGACAAUGAUGAAGUAAUCUUAGAAUUAGUUGCUGCUGAUAGUUUGGAGUGAUGGAUGGUGGUAGACAACAUGAAAAUGGGAGACAUAAGAUGGAUUAUUACAGAGGCGUACAAUAUCCGAAAUGAAAUGUGCAGUGGAAUAUGAUGGCUCAACAUCAAGCCAAGGAACCAAAUGCUUUAGUCAUGAACAAGAAGAUCAUGUCUAUAAUUGCUGAGAGGGAUGCCGCCAUACGGGAGAGAAAUGUAGCAUUGUCUGAAAAGAAUGAGGCCUUGGCUGCAAGGGAUGAGGCCCUCCGGCAGCGAGAUGAGGCACUUGCUGAGCGGGAUACAGCCCUGAUGGAGAGAGACAAUGCCCUUGCAGCCCUUCAAAUCAGGGAUAAUACCAUGAACUUCCCAUCAGGUGGUGGUGUUCAACGGGGAGUGAAGCGCGUGCAUCACCCAUCGAGUCAUCUAUCUAACAUGUCUGAAGCUAAUUACAGCUCAAAAGACAUGCAAAUAACCGACGCCUUCCCCAUUACAGUUAUAUCCUCUGAUGCCGUCAAGUCACGUCAGGCUAAGCGAACAAAGGAGAAUAAGGCAGUUCCCUCCAGGACUCCUAAGCCAACACGGAAAAAAGUAGGUGAGGAUUUAAAUAGGCAGGCUUGUUCUGAUGGUACAAAGUACAAAACAGAGUGGGAUAGUCACGAUGUGGGCUUGAACCUGGUCACUUUUGACGAGUCUACAAUGCCAGUUCCAAUGUGCUCAUGCACUGGAGUUCCCCGGCAGUGCUACAAAUGGGGGAAUGGUGGAUGGCAAUCAUCGUGUUGCACAACCAAUAUGUCAAUGUACCCGUUACCUCAAAUGCCAAAUAAGCGCCACGCAAGAAUGGGUGGACGGAAGAUGAGUGGAAGUGUUUUUACCAGAUUGCUCAGUCGACUAGCGGCUCAAGGCCAUGACCUUUCAAUGCCACUGGAUCUCAAGGAUUACUGGGCCAGACAUGGGACUAAUCGCUACAUCACAAUCAAGUAGCUGAUGAACAACUUUUUGCGAGGUUGUUUUCCCUUUUGAGCACCUCUCUCUCGCUUGUAAUUUAACUGAUAAAUUACUGAUUUCGUUCGUUAGCGAAUGUUGCUGAACUUUAUGAAAGCGGAGGAGGGUGUUUAAAUCCA